AUGUUCGGCCGGCCAGGAGCAGAAGGUGAUGCGGGAAUGUCUGCUUCCGCCGCCGCCGCUGCCGCCGCCGCCGCCGCAGGAGGCGCUACGGCUGACGGGCUCGGCGCAAUGGGGGGCAGCAGGCAUAGUCGGUUAGAUCUGGCGGGGGGGGAUCCGCGGCUGGGGUUAUCUGCGCCAAGGCGGGCAGCGGGGGAAGAAGCGGAGGCGGGGCGGGGCGGGGCAACUGCUGGAGGGGAUGGGGGAAGUUUUGGCGGGCUCGGGGUGUUCCGCUCCCCGUCUAGCAAGGGAUUGGCGUCAGGCGCGUUAGGCGCGGCAGCGGAUGCGGCAGCGGCAACGGCAGCAGCAGCGGCAACGGCAGCGGCAGCGGCAGCAGAGCAGGCGCCUACCGCGGACGCAGCAGCUGCCAUGACCGGCGCCUCCGCCGCAAGCGCCGCAGCCGCAGCCGUAGCCAAUGGCAUGGCGACAAAUGGCACUGCCGCGUCGGCGAACGGCGCGCCUCUCUCUCCGCCUCCCCCGCCGUCCGUGGUCCACCCGACCCCCGAGGAAAUGGGCCGCCUGUGCGCGCCGCCUGGCGCGGCGGAAGCCGCCAGCCCGACCUCUGGCAGGGGAGAAAAGGGGGGAGCCGGCGGAAAGGGUGGGGGAAAGAGGGGUCUGGGGGGAGCAUCGAGCGGGCGGGGGGGAGGGGGAGGGGGAACGAGGGCGGGCCCGCAUGGGGGAGGGGGAAGGGAGAUUGGGGUUGGGUCGGAUGAGAAUCAUUCUGAUGAUGGGGGGAGGUCGGAAGGGGAGGAUGAGCUGGUAGCGUCGUUGGAGCAUCUGACUGAUCCGGAGGAAAUCAAACGAGUCAAGAGGAUGCUCUCCAAUCGCGAGUCGGCGCGGCGGUCGCGGCGGCGAAAGCAGGCGCACAUGGGGGAGAUGGAGACGCAGGUGACUCAGCUGCAGAUCGAAAACGCUAACCUGGCCAGCCGCCUCGGAGAAAUCGGGCGUAAAUACAGCGACGCUGCUGUCGACAACCGCGUGUUGAAAUCCGAUGUGGAGGCGUUACGAGCUAAGGUGAAAAUGGCUGAGGAGAUGUUGGGAAGGGUGAAUCACAUGGCGCAGUAUAUGUAUCACCAUCAUCACCAGCCCAUGGCUUAUCGGCAUGAUCCUGCUGCUGCCGCUGCUGCUGCCGCCGCCGCAGCGUACGGCCCGUCUGCUGCUGAGAUUGCUUACUAUCAGCACCACGCUCAUAACUCCUCUGCUGCAGCAGCGGCAGCAGCUGCGGCGGCGGCGGCUGCGGCGGCGGCAAGCGCUGGUGCCACUGCUGCUGCUGCUGCUGCUGAAGCAGCCGGUUCUGCUCCUGUUACUGGUGCUGGGACUGCUGCUGCUGCUGCUGCCGCAGCAGGAGGAGCCUCAGGAACAGCGCACUCUCAUGCGUCGUUCCAGUCUCUCCAGUCAUAUGCCUCCCACCACCAUGCAGCUGCGCUUUCAGCUGCAGCAGCACACCAUGGGGCGUAUUCCCUCGAGGCUCUGCGUGCUGGGGGUAUGCACCUCCCUGGUUCGGGUAUUUCCCCUCAUAAUUAUGCUGCUGCUGCAGCGGCUGCGGUGGCAACCGCCGCGGCAGGAGGGGGGCUGCACCCGAGCCUAGCUGCGAUGCAUGGAAUGCGUGGGCCGGCAGCAGGGAUGGCUGGACUUGGGGCAGGUUCAGGGAUGGCAGACCCAGCAGCCGCUGCAGCAGCUGCUGCUGCAGGAGGGGGAGAGGGAGGAGUGGCAGGAGGGAUGAGAGAGGAGGCUGUGGGAGGGCAUUAUAGAAUGGAGAGGAGUGCAAGCAUGGAGAGGGCAGCAAGUGAAGAACGUGCACAGAAGAGGUUCAAAGCAGCAGAAUAA